ACGCAGUGAAACCAGAGCCCCGAAAGCAACCGCCGCUCUCGCUCGCGCUCGCGCUCUGUCUCUCGCUCCGGCCUUUAUAUCUCCGGCAGGCGAGGCUAGCGGAGGUAGGAGUAGAGAGGAGAGCCGUCGCGGCAACCACAGACAAACCCAGCUGAAAGCCGCACACACCACCGUGCCGGUUACAUGGGAGGAGGCCGCGGCCUGGUCACCGGGUUCUACGUCUGGGGCUGGGAGUUCCUCACCGCGCUCCUCCUCUUCUCCGCCGCCGUCUCCUGCUAGCCGCCUCUGCUUCUCGAUCGAUCCUUGACUGAUCAUAUAUACAUAGAUACAUACACCAGCUUAUUAUUAGGUAGAGGAAUCUGUUAGGUGAUUAAGCCGGCGACGAUGGCCGGGGCGGCGGCGCAGCAGCAGCAGCAGAAGGGUGGUGGUGCGGUGAGGGUCGGCGGCGGAGGGCCGGCGCCGUUCCUGACCAAGACGCACCAGAUGGUGGAGGAGCGCGGGACGGACGAGGUGAUCUCGUGGGGCGAGCAAGGGCGGUCGUUCGUGGUGUGGAAGCCGGUGGAGCUCGCCCGCGACCUCCUGCCGCUCCACUUCAAGCACUGCAACUUCUCCUCCUUCGUCCGCCAGCUCAACACCUACGGUUUUCGGAAGGUGGUGCCGGACCGGUGGGAGUUCGCAAACGAGAACUUCCGGCGAGGCGAGCAAGGCCUCCUCUCCGGCAUCCGUCGCCGCAAGGCCACGGCGACGACGACGACUCCCCAGUCCUCUAAAACCAGCGGAACCGGCGUAAACGUCGCGUUCCCUCCGCCGCUGCCUGCUCUGCGUCCCGCGUCUGCCAGCACGUCCGGCACCGGCAACGACCACAGCUCCUCCUCGGCGUCCUCGCCGACGCGCCCGGAUCUCAGCAGCGAGAACGAGCAGCUCAGGAAGGACAACCACGCGCUGGCAGCGGAGCUGGCCCUGGCGCGGCGGCACUGCGAGGAGCUCCUGGGCUUCCUCUCCCGCUUCCUGGACGUCCGCCAGCUGGACCUGCGCCUGCUGAUGGACGGAGACAUGCAAGGCGCGGCCGGGGCCGGCGGCGCCCGCUCGGCGGACCAAGAGCACUGCUGCGAGAAGAAGGUGAAGCUGUUCGGCGUGAUCCUCAAGGACGCGUCGGCGAGGAAGAGGGGCCGGUGCGACGAGGCGGCGGCCAGCGAGCGGUCGAUGAAGAUGACGAGGAUCGGGGAGCCGUGGGUCGGCGUGCCGUCGUCCUGCCCGGCGCGCUGCGGCGGCGGGAACUGAUGGGCGCUUCGCCGUGGCCGGACGGCUGCACCCAGCAGGCGCGCGCGCUGUUGUACAUUUGUACGCGUGCAUGGGCAGCAUGGCUACGCUGAUGGCAAGUUGGCAACAAAGCCAGCAAUGGACCCAUUCCAUCAACGUUGUUCUUACAAACAAAACUUUAGAAAAAGCAGACUUUGGACACAAAAGUCCAUAGCAAUGUACCCGUGUAAGAAAUAUAAGAACUAAUGCAGGUACGCUGGGAAGUACUGUAAUAGGGAGAUUGGAAGAUGGAGCUCUCCUCCUUGUCGUUGAUCAGAUUACACACAUAAAGGUUUGCAGAACUAAUGCUAGGAGCACUAAGUUUGACAAGGUGUAAAGCUAUACACCCCAUUUGAGAUCUACAGAUUGUAUCCUGAGGUUCUGUCUUGAAAUACAUAUUGAUAUUCUUUUCUCCUC